GAGCCGCCGCGCCGCCGCCGGAGGACCACUGCUCACCCCGGCUGCGGAGGACCCACCGGCCGCACGCCUGCCGCCCCGCGCCCCAGACCGCCAGCAUGAUCGCCGCGCAGCUCCUGGCCUAUUACUUCACCGAGCUGAAAGAUGACCAAGUCAAAAAGAUUGAUAAGUAUCUCUAUACCAUGCGGCUCUCCGAUGAAACUCUGAUAGAUAUCAUGACACGCUUCAGGAAGGAAAUGAAGAAUGGCCUCUCCCGGGAUUUUAAUCCAACUGCCACGGUCAAGAUGUUGCCAACCUUUGUAAGGUCCAUUCCUGAUGGUUCAGAAAAAGGAGAUUUCAUCGCCCUGGAUCUUGGUGGGUCUUCCUUUCGAAUUCUGCGGGUGCAAGUGAAUCAUGAGAAAAAACAGAACGUUCACAUGGAGUCCGAGGCUUAUGACACCCCGGAGAACAUCGUGCACGGCAGUGGAAGCCAGCUUUUCGAUCAUGUUGCCGAGUGCCUGGGGGACUUCAUGGAGAAAAAGAAGAUUAAGGACAAGAACUUACCCGUGGGAUUCACGUUUUCUUUCCCUUGCCGGCAAUCCAAGAUAGACGAGGCCAUCCUGAUCACCUGGACCAAGCGGUUUAAAGCCAGUGGCGUGGAGGGGGCCGAUGUCGUCAAGCUGCUGAACAAAGCCAUCAAAAAGCGAGGGGACUAUGACGCGAACAUUGUGGCUGUGGUGAACGACACGGUGGGGACCAUGAUGACCUGUGGCUAUGACGACCAGCAGUGUGAAGUCGGCCUGAUCAUUGGCACGGGCACCAACGCUUGCUACAUGGAGGAACUGAGGCACAUUGAUCUGGUGGAAGGAGACGAGGGGAGGAUGUGCAUCAACACUGAAUGGGGAGCCUUUGGGGACGAUGGAUCACUGGAAGACAUCCGGACCGAAUUUGACAGAGAGUUAGACCGAGGGUCCCUCAACCCUGGAAAACAGCUGUUUGAGAAGAUGGUCAGUGGCAUGUACUUGGGGGAGUUGGUCCGACUGAUCCUGGUCAAGAUGGCCAAGGAGGGMCUCUUGUUUGAAGGGCGGAUCACCCCGGAGCUGCUCACCAGGGGCAAGUUUAACACCAGUGACGUGUCUGCCAUCGAAAAGAAUAAGGAAGGCCUCCACAAUGCCAAAGAGAUCCUCACCCGCCUGGGCGUGGAGCCAUCUGACGACGACUGUGUCUCGGUCCAGCACGUGUGCACCAUCGUGUCCUUCCGCUCUGCCAACCUGGUGGCUGCCACACUGGGUGCCAUCUUGAACCGCCUGCGUGAUAACAAGGGGACCCCCAGGCUGCGGACCACGGUCGGUGUGGACGGCUCUCUGUACAAGACGCACCCACAGUAUUCUCGGCGUUUCCACAAGACCCUGAGGCGCCUGGUGCCCGACUCCGAUGUUCGUUUCCUCCUCUCGGARAGCGGCAGUGGCAAGGGGGCCGCCAUGGUGACCGCCGUGGCCUACCGCUUGGCUGAGCAGCACCGGCAGAUAGAGGAGACCCUCGCCCACUUUCGCCUCACCAAGGAGAUGCUGCUGGAGGUGAAGAGGAGGAUGCGGACCGAGAUGGAGAUGGGGCUGAGGAAGCAGACAAAUGACAAGGCUGUGGUCAAGAUGCUCCCCUCCUUUGUCCGGAGCACCCCAGAUGGGACCGAGCAUGGUGACUUCUUGGCCCUGGAUCUUGGAGGAACGAAUUUCCGUGUCCUGCUGGUGAAAAUUCGUAGUGGGAAAAAGAGAACGGUGGAAAUGCACAAUAAAAUCUAUGCCAUUCCCCUUGAGAUCAUGCAGGGCACUGGGGAAGAGCUGUUUGACCACAUUGUCUCCUGCAUCUCUGACUUCCUGGACUACAUGGGGAUCAAAGGCCCCCGGAUGCCUCUGGGCUUCACYUUCUCAUUUCCUUGCAAGCAGACGAGUCUGGAUGCGGGAAUCCUGAUCACCUGGACAAAGGGUUUUAAGGCAACUGACUGUGUGGGUCACAACGUAGCCACUUUACUAAGGGAUGCGAUAAAAAGGAGAGAGGAAUUCGACCUGGAUGUGGUGGCUAUGGUCAAYGACACGGUGGGCACCAUGAUGACGUGUGCUUAUGAGGAACCCAGCUGUGAGGUUGGACUUAUUGUAGGGACUGGCUGUAAUGCCUGCUACAUGGAGGAAAUGAAGAAUGUCGAGAUGUUGGAGGGGACUGAAGGGCGAAUGUGCAUCAACAUGGAGUGGGGUGCCUUUGGCGACAACGGGAGUCUGGAUGAUAUUAGAACAGAGUAUGACAGAUUGGUGGAUGAAUACUCUCUAAAUGCUGGGAAACAAAGGUAUGAGAAGAUGAUUAGUGGUAUGUACCUGGGUGAAAUUGUCCGCAACAUCUUGAUCGACUUCACCAAGAAGGGAUUCCUCUUCCGAGGGCAGAUCUCUGAGCCGCUGAAGACCAGGGGCAUCUUUGAGACCAAAUUUCUCUCUCAGAUUGAGAGUGACCGGUUAGCGCUGCUCCAGGUCCGGGCCAUCCUCCAGCAGCUGGGUCUGAACAGCACGUGCGACGACAGUAUCCUGGUCAAGACGGUGUGCGGGGUGGUGUCCAAGAGGGCUGCGCAGCUGUGCGGGGCGGGCAUGGCGGCCGUGGUGGACAAGAUCCGGGAGAACAGAGGGCUGGACCAUCUGAACGUGACGGUGGGCGUGGAUGGGACACUCUACAAGCUGCAUCCGCACUUCUCCAGAAUCAUGCACCAGACGGUGAAGGAACUGUCACCAAAGUGUAACGUGUCCUUCCUCCUGUCUGAAGACGGCAGUGGCAAGGGGGCCGCUCUCAUCACAGCCGUGGGUGUGAGGCUCCGGGGAGAAAUGAGCUAAGGGCACAGGCCCCGCCCGCUGCCCGUCCAGCACUUGUCUCUCAAAGCCACGACCCCCCUGCUCCUCUCAGCGAGCCKCGCUGGGAGCCCUCAGCGCCAGAGCCGCCCCCCGCAGCGGGGAAGGAAAGCAAUCCAACGAACGGCGCCUGUCGUCGGGUACAACCUAGAGCGUGUGCUGUUGACAUCUCUCACCUGGACCCUCACCUGCCCCACCACUCUGCAUGAUUUGAUCUCCACCUGGUCGUGCAUCCCCUCGUGUGAAGUGUAGCCGCACCCAUUCCUCCCGCGGGCGCCCAUCCAUUUCAGAUGAAAAGUCGCCCCAUCAGACGGGCCCUGUGGCCUCCAAAGCCCGUCCUCGGGGUCGCCUCCCCUGCGUGAAGUGGAUUAUCACCAGCAGUCACUGCCGGACUCUUCCCCCGGGCCCGGGGCCCAGCUUGAAGGGCGAGUGUGGACGCCGCGUGACCGCUAUCUCCCGUCCCCGCCACCCACUGUGGCAGCCUGGCGGUCCCAUUGGGGGAUGUGUCGAUGCCACUAGACGUGUGUGUGUGUGUGUGUGUGUGUGUGUGUCCAUGGAACGGGUCCUCGCCGCACUGUGACAGUCUUGCAUUCUGUUGAUCUCGUGGGGGGGGAGGUGGGAAGUCCCGUGGGAAAGUGUCUUGUCUCCAUUUGGGUAAAAGGAACCGACCCACAAGCAGCGCCAUCACUGGAAUUUCCCAUCGCUUUUGUGAGCCAUGUUGUAUGACCUAGUAAACUUUGUACCAAUUCAAAAAGCUGAGUGAUGCUUGGUGGCUGGGGAGAGGGGAGGAGA